AUGUCGGCCGUUGCCAAAAAGCGACUGCAAGCUAUCAGUCAGCAGCUCGUGGAAGGAAUCCCGGAUGCUGGCGAGUUUGAGAACAUCCCUAGAAUUCGGGAGGUUGCUCAGGACUCGCUUGAGCCGAGAGUCAAGGGUAAAGUCGUCAUUAUAACUGGAACGAAUUCACCGAUCGGCAUCGGACGAGCAACUGCCCACCAGUAUGCCCGCAAUGGCGCCAAGGCAAUCUAUAUCUGCGACUUUGCAAACACACAUCUCGACGUACACAAACGGGAGAUAGAAUCCUUAUAUCCGGGCGUCGACGUUCAUAUAAGACAGUUCGACGCUGGAGACGAGGAGCAGGUGAAGAAGGUUGUUGACGACGUUAUGGAGAAGUAUGGCCGCCUGGAUAUCAUGUUUGCCAACGCGGGGAUCGUGGGAGCCCCAAAGUUAUUUACUGAGGUUACGGGAGAUGAAUUUAUGAAGACCAUGGAUACGAAUGCUAAGGGCCCCUUUCUAGCUACUAAAUACGCUUCCGUGGCCAUGAAGAAGACCUCCGCUUCCAAACCAUAUCCGGCCGGAAGUAUCAUACUGACAGCCUCCGUUGCCGGUUUGCGGUCCAACGCUGGCUCAACAGACUACUCCGCUAGUAAAGCGGCUGUCAUCUCGCUCGCACAAACAUGUUCCUUCCAGCUGAGUGGUUCCGGCAUUCGCGUCAACGCCAUAUGUCCUGGGGUGGUAGAGACGGGCAUGACGAAAGCGAUGUAUGACCAGGCGCGAAGCAGGGGGACAGAGAAGAAGAUUGGACAGUUGAAUCCGUUGAUGAGAGGGGCCGUGUCCGAUGAGAUAGCCCGUGUGGCGCUGUUCUUGGGUAGUGACGAGAGUAGCUAUGUCAACGGGCAGGCGUGGGCCGUCUGUGGAGGUUUGAGUGCGGGACAUCCGUUUGUGCCUGGGAAGUUAGCCUAG